CAAGAAUAUAAUUGACUCCCAUCUCAUCUUGGACCUGAACUAUAUCCUGACUAUAUCAUGGGAUGGCAACGGACGUUCUCGCUGGGUCGACGGUCUAAAGGAUGUCAUCUAAUUACUGACGAGGUCACCUCUCAAAUUGAGGCCGGGUUGAAGGAUGUUCAAGUCGGGAUGCUCUUUCUCUUUGUAAAGCAUACAUCCUGUGCUCUAACUCUGAAUGAAAACUGGGAUCCAGAUGUUCGAAGAGAUAUGGACAUGGCGUUGGAUUGCGUUGUUCCGGAAAGCUUGGAUUGGCUUCAUACCGAUGAGGGUCCAGAUGAUUCCGUUUCUCAUACCAAAUCGUCUUUGGUCGGAUCGACUAUAUCUAUACCUAUAACCAACGGGUCACUCAAUCUCGGAACCUGGCAAGGAAUUUAUCUGACGGAAUUCCGACGCCUAGCUCACACGAGAACCGUCGUAGCAACCAUCCUAUCUUGAUAUCACAACAUGGAUCCGAAUUCAUGAAAGGAUGCUCGUAAUUCACUAUGAUGGAUAACCGACUAUGUAUGCAGGCGGAAAAGGAUUUGUUGAAUGAUUUCAUCAGAGGACCCACAUUUCUAGCUGGAACACUUAGGUCGGAAAUACUCAUUAUACGAACACUGUGCGAUUCGCGUUACUAUAUUAUAGAUAACGAUUGUCGUCGAAGAGGUUGUAUAUAUCGGGUCGAUGGUCAUUGGUGAUGUUAGUAUAUAUAAUGAGUAUGUAUGUGUACAAUUCACGUGAAGUGUAUAAAGGCAAAC